UGAGGAGCCGCCAAAGCGGUCCGGAAUGCGAAGCUGCUCGGGGUCGGGGGAUCCAAGCAAGGAUCGAGAAAUUUGCAGCAUUGCGGCGCGGGACGGAGACGUCGGAAAGGUGUCGCCUGAGCGGGAGCGAUGGCCGCAAGGAUUGCAGCGGGAGGCUGCAAGUGGAGGGUCCGGUGACACGGAGACCACGAAGUCCGCCGAGAUCCGAACUUCUUCGGGCGGGGUUUGUCGGCCAGGGAUUGUCGUGCCGUUGAGAGGGGCAGCGUGCACGGGGACGGAAGGGCGGUCCUCGAGAUUCGGCACGGGUACCGCAGAAGGGGACGAGUUUCGUGGGAGGGAAGUAGGGGAGAAAAUGGAGGAACAGAAGGGAGCGCAAGAAGGGGAGGAAGAAGGGGAAGAAAAGGUGGAAGGGGAGGAAGAGGGAGAAACGGAGCUAAUUGAUUUGUUUGAAGGAAGGGAGGGUGCUAGGUCUGGAGAAGGCGAAGUGGAAUACAGUGAGGACAAUGCCGGAUCUGGAGAGUCGUUUGACGAGUUCGGACAACUGUACGGAGAGCAUCACGAGGAUGAUGUCGACGACGAUGCCACGGCAAUAGAGAUGGAGACACAAGUGGUCAGCAGCCUUUCCGCAGAGCCUGAAGAUUAUGCGGUCCGGCCACUGAUGUCUGCUGUCGACUUGCAAUACCGGUUCGACGAGGCUUCCGUCGCUAUCAACCCGUUUGAAAAAAGUCGACGUAUAAGCAUCGACGAAGUUAUCGACGGUAUUCUCGGCGACCACAAUGUGUCUGGUCGUCCGUCCGCAACUGCCAACGUCGCAUCUUCCGUGGCAGCUGCCCUCGCUUUGUCGCCGCCGAAGUCUCUGGUGCUGCCGGCCACCCUUGCCGCCGAAGGGGAAGGCGAGUUCAGUGGAGGACAACAUGUGACGUCCCCAAAAAAAUCGAGGUUUGGAGGUCAAGCUCUCGACGUGCUCGCUUUGCCUGCGCCAAAUUCACCAUCAAAGGAGUGGAGAGAGAAACAGACUGGUAAGCUGUGAAGAACGCCUGCGCAUCCGGAUGUCACCGGAUUACAGGCCGCGCUA